AACACCCUCAAGUGGUUUUCAAGUUCAACUUCCUUGAAUGUGGGUGCCUUGCUUCUCUCUAAUAUCCUUGUAAACGUGAUCUCUCCUCUGGAAAAAAAGGUUGUCAAAGCUUUGUUUGGGUUCUGUCGAUGGUGGAGGCGUCAUCUUGAACUUGGUUAACGCCUAGUGAUCAAAGAGGCCUACUCUACAGUUUAUUAGCUCUAACAUUUUGUUCCAUAAAUAACCCAACAUUUUCAUUUUUCACCCUACUCCCUGUCAAAAUUAAAGAGCUACAUUGAACAUGGCAUUGUCUUUAAUUUUCCUUUUGGUUUUUGCACUCUCCUUGUGUUCCUUCUUUACUUCCAUUGAAGGAAGAUUUCAUGGCCUCACAAAACAAAAAUACUUGCAUAUAGUCUCUAAAAUUUCACUACCGCCUUCUCCAGUUCCUGCUCUUGCUCCUGUUCCUGCACCUGCACCGCAGGCUGCUAGUCCAAGUUACAUUGCAAGUUCUCCUAGUCCUGAACCUAGUUCUGUUAGAGUUUUUGAUGUGUUAUCUUUUGGUGCUGUUGGUGAUGGUGCCUCAGAUGAUACACAAGCAUUCAAGAUGGCGUGGGACGCUGCCUGCCAGACCGAAUUUUCGGUUCUUCUUGCUCCUGUUGGUUAUAGUUUCAUGAUACUGCCAACUAUCUUCACAGGACCUUGCAAAAAUGGCCUUGUGUUUCAGAUUGAUGGAACCAUAUUGCCACCUGAUGGCCCUGAGUCGUGGCCAACAAAGACUAGCAAACGACAAUGGCUGGUCUUCUACAGAAUCAAUGAAAUGUCAAUGCAAGGGGGAGGUGUCAUAGAUGGGAAAGGAGAGAAAUGGUGGAAUCUCCCCUGCAAGCCUCACAAAGGGACGCAUGGAACAUCACUUGGUCCUUGUGACAGCCCAGUUGCCAUAAGGUUUUUCAUGAGCUCCAAUUUGAGAGUCCAAGGACUUAGAGUAAAGAACAGUCCUCAAUUCCAUUUCAGGUUUGAUAAUUGUCAAAAUGUUCAUGUAGAAAUGCUCAGCAUUAUAGCACCAGCUUCAAGUCCUAACACGGAUGGAAUUCACAUUGAGAGCACGAACAACGUUCAGAUAUAUAAUUCAAUCGUAUCGAAUGGGGAUGAUUGUAUCUCAAUUGGGGCUGGUUGCUAUAAUGUAAAAAUAAGGAAUAUAACAUGUGGUCCAAGCCAUGGAAUAAGCAUUGGGAGUCUUGGGGUUCACAACACACGGGCCUGCGUAUCGAACAUUACAGUGACUGAUUCAGUGAUCAAGAAUUCUGAUAAUGGUGUUAGAAUCAAAACAUGGCAAGGAGGCUAUGGCUGUGUAUCUAAAGUCACAUUCAACAAUAUUCAUAUGGACACAGUUCGGAACCCGAUUAUUAUAGAUCAAUUCUACUGUCUGAGCAAGAACUGCACUAACCAAACAACUGCAGUAUAUAUUUCUGAUAUUUCCUACACAAACAUUAAGGGGACAUACGAUGUUAGGAGUCCACCCUUGCACUUGGCCUGCAGCGACUCAGUUCCUUGCUCUAACCUUAUACUGUCAGAUAUUGAGCUGCUUCCUGCUAAAGGGCAAUUCAUGGCAGAUCCUUUCUGCUGGAAUGCUUUUGGGGCUACGCAGACAGUUACCAUCCCACCAGUACUUUGCUUAUCGGAAGGCAUCCCAAGAUUUGUGGAUCAGACCAUGGUUGAUCAGUGUUGA